AUGGCAUCCAAAACCACCUACAUCUUUGCUGCUAUUGCUGCUCUUAUCGUGGCUUUACUGAUCGUUUGCAUUGGACUCCUUAGUGCAAUCUUCGUUAAUCAGCAAAAGCAGCCUCCAGUCCCUAAUGCAAAUGUAAUCAAAAAUGUUGUCGUUUUGGCUGAUGCCUCAUCGGGAGUUGACGAAAUGAUCCUCACUAAUGAAGCCGACUUUUUGAGCAAAUAUUUUCGUGACAGUCUCUUGAAACCUUCAAAAGAUUACACAGUCAAAAUAGCAGCCAGUGCUUUUGCUUCACAACUCAGCUCGGAACUCAAUUACGUUGAUCUAAGUGAUGCAGAUGAAGUUAACAAACUUGCAGACAAGAUUCGCAAUAGUCAUACUGAUCAACCACUGGAUAUAGGAGCUGCACUUUCCUCGCUGAUUAAACGAAAACAAAUGACAAUAUUCGCCGCAUCUCCACUUGGACAGUAUACAUUGGUUUUGAUGGCUUCUGGUCAAGGAAAAAAUUAUGAAACUGCGAAGGCCAAUGCACAAACACUAAAGGAUAACGGUAUUACACUCAUCACAAUCGAUUUGAAUGGGAAUCGUGAAGAAUUGAACGAUAUUGCUUCUUCAGUUGAAGAUUCCUUUAAUGGAAAGCCAAUUUCAUCUGGUGACACCACUGGUAUGUCACAAUUGGCAAAGAGAAUUUCGGAUGUAGUUGAUCAACAACCACCAGUAACAAUACAGCCAUCGACCGAAACACCAUCACAGCCACCGACCCCAACACCAUCACAUCAUCCACCAGCUAACACAAGAGUUCUGAUUCUUGUUGAUGGUUCUAAAGGUAUAACACAACCACAAAUGAUCAAGCAAACUGCAUUCAUCGAGAACCAAUUGAGAGAAGCGAUGUUAUAUCCGAGUGAACACGGCCAUCGAACCGAAGUAUUGUUAAUAGCGUAUGCAUUCGAUACAAGUCCAGAUAACAGUGAAUACAUCACAUUAGAUUUAUCGGAAUGGGUUCAGCCAGUUAUGAAUACUAAACUAGCACCAGUUACCACAUUUGUUGAACCACUCGAUCUUCUCCAACUUGGACAAGCCUUAACUGAAGUGUCAACCCAAGAGGUGUUGCCAACACACUUGCUGGUGCUAGCUAGUGGACAAGGAACUGAUUUUCAAAAGGCUUUAACAGCAGCACAAAAACUGAAGGAUAAACAAGUUAAAAUUAUUACGUUAGCCACAGUUGGAGAAUCCAGUGAAUUGAACAGUAUCAGUUCUGAUCCCUCGUUCGCUCUGGAUGGACGUGACAUUCUUACUGGGCAGGAUCUUGAAUCAAUGGCGAAAAAUAUCGUCAAAUGCAUCUACCCUCAAAGUGCUCUUCCAUCCAAACCCAAACCACGCAAGCGUAUCAGUCAAAAAGUAGUGUUGAAACAAAAACCAAAACUCACUCCAGCUGAAGUUGCACCUCAAUUACCAGUGAUCACAGCAGUCCCAACUUCAAAUGAUUUUGUUAUUCUCAUCGACGUAUCGACUGGAACAGGUGUUGGAGACCUUGUUAAGAAGGACAGUCUAAUUCCUAAACUCAAUACGAAAUUCGCGGGACGCCCUAAUAGAGUCGAAAUCAUACCGUAUGCUUAUUUCACUGCUGCCGUUGCUGAGAAGUUUACCGAUUUAAGUGACACUGACGAAAUUUUAAAGCAAAUACACACUGCAGAAAUCGCCACUAUCACAUCGUUCAUGUCUCCGCUGGAUGAAUAUAAUUUGGAAUAUACUCUGAAACUGUUGAACGGGUCCUAUUUUGUAAAGAGCACAGAAACGAAAAUCGUUCUGAUCACUAAUGAUCAAGAUAGCACAGCAAGUCAGCAGGUAAAUAAGCAAGCCAAGGAUUACGCGAAGGAUAUCAUUACUGGAACUAAUAAAAAACUUGCUGUUAUUGGCAUUAAUGGUAAAAUUAAGGCUUAUGACGAAAUUCCAAAUAAACCCGAUAUGAAUAUCGAUGGAUCAGCAAUAAAAUUAAAUACGGUACUUUAUUGA